CUCAUACGCUUGCCCACAUGCAUAAAUCUGCUUCAUCGACGUCAGUCGUCAGUUCCUUUUAUAUUUUAGCAAGUACGAGUAUAGGUAGGUAAAGAUUUUCACAACUCUCGACUCACAAAUUCUGAUCCCAUAAAAGUACCUACACGGCGGUUGGCAUCGAGAUACGGUACAAGUGUAAAGAACCUUCAUGAAGUAUUCUUGCAUACCCCGCUCCCACUCCCACUCCAAAAAAUCCCGCGGCCAAGAAGCUGCUUCCACUGCCACUUCCCCACCGAAUCCACCUACGGUAAGAUCCUACCACAUCCUACCCACCGUCAACAGAUCGGCGACGACAUACAUGCGUUGAUUAAAGUCAAGGUUCUGACCAAAACAUUUUGCAUGCAGAGAAUCACUCCAACCAUGUCCGGAAGUCCUGGAUUACCCGGCACCCAUCCGGUCACUAUGCCGCUUCGAAGUGCCACGAGCAUGAGCGACGAUGCUGCAGUUCCAGAGGUUGAUCCGUCUUCGGUACGUCAACACCUAGAGUCGCAAUCGAGUGCGUGUGAAUGCCUCAGGACGGGUACUGACAUUUUCGAUUCUUCGCAGACAUCGGGUCUUCUUGCUGAACGGCUGCAAGCAUGGAAGCAUGCCGUGGGAUAUCUCGAAGACUAUGUUACGGCUACGGAAAAAGUGGAAAAGCUGUAUGCGAAGGAGUAUGAAAAGAUAUUGAAGGCAUGUGACUAUCUACAUGUAUCGUCCUGUGGUUCUAACGACAUUUCAGACCAUUAACAAUCCUCUGAAAGAAGGGCAUCAUUUUGACCAAGGUCUUGGCGGUAUCGCAGGUCUCUUUGAGAACAUGCGGCAAAACACCCAGGUAACUUCCAUUAUGACCCUUUACCGUUCCCUGAACUGAUAGCUUCUAGGGCUUGGCCAAUACCCAUCUCGAAACCGAACAAAACAUCAAAGGCACCGUCUUACCUAUCCUCGAUCGACUACACAAGGAAAUCAAGGCCAAGAAUAAGGAGCUUUCUUCUGGGGCAGCUAAGGGGGCAAAAGAGGUUGACAAGGCACGAAACAAUACUCAGAAGUUCAUUGAGCUCCUCGGCCAGCAGACUGCGAGCUAUGAGUCCACUGGUGGGAAAAUGACGGCGCAAGAUGAUCCGUAUGUUGUUCGAAGGGGCGUUCUACAUCGAUUGUCUGCGCAGGUUCUGCAUGAAAACAACAACAAACAUGAUCUAAUUGCGAUACAAAAUAAUUUUGCAACCUUCGAGCACCACGUUAUCGAAGUAAUCCAGCAGGCCUUGAUGGCUUUCAACCAGUUUGUUUCGGGACAAGCCCAAAAACAACAAGAGCUAUACUCAAACAUGCUGGCGACCGCCCAAGCGAUUCCUGGGGAAUUCGAGUGGAUGAACUUCGUUUCUCGAAACGGGAGUAUUUUAAUUGACCCCAACUCCCCAGACCGCACUGUUGAAAGCAUUCAUUUCCCUAACAUGGACCAUCAAAGUACAAAGCCUUUGAUUGAGGGUACACUUGAGAGAAAGUCAAGGAAUAAACUCAGCAUGUCUGGAUACUCCACCGGAUACUAUGUUAUUACACCUUCGAAAUUCUUGCACGAGUUCAAGAGUAACGACAAUUUCGCGAAGGACCCAACUCCGGAACUUUCCAUCUAUCUUCCGGACGCUGUGAUUGGGGCAACCAAUGGAGAAAAGUUCAAUGUGAAAGGCAAAGAUUUGAGCGGUGGCAUUGGAAGCAAGCUCUCGGGAUCUUCUGAAAUUGCUUUCAAGGCCCAUUCUCCAUCGGACGCGCAGAAAUGGCACGAAAUCAUCAAAUCAUCAUCAUCUGCCUCUGGUCCAGGUCUGCUUCACACCAACAGUAUUGCGGCCUCGAGUAUGGGAAGCACACCAGGAUCUCCUAUGAGUUCUGUAGAUAAGACAUCUUCACAACAAACUCAGGGAAUAACUGGGCAAGAGACUGUUGCUUCGCCGGUAUCUGCCACACCUAUGAGUCCUAUUGACAAGAAGCCAUCUCCUCCAGCUGCUGAGAAAUCUUAAGGGUAUGAAGGGUUCAAUGAAAAGCUCAAGAUAAUGCGCAUUUUCUCUAUGAACGUGAUGACUUGGCG